GUAGCUUUCUCAUCCUUCACCACCGCCAUGUCCAAAAGAAGAGUGGCUUAUUAUUAUGACCCCGACGUCGGUUCUUAUACAUACGGAAUUCAUCACCCCAUGAAACCACAUCGGAUACGAAUAGCACAUGAACUCGUUGGUGCCUAUGAUAUGUUUGGGAAAAUGCAGAUAGUAAAACCGAAACGUGCAACUCCAGAAGCUAUGACCACCUUUCACACCGACGAAUACAUCCACUUCUUGAAAAGAGUAACGCCAGAGACGGCAGAGGAGUUGACAUACCAUGGGACGCGAUUUUUGGUUGGGGACGAUAACCCCCCUUUUGAAGGCGUGUUCGAGUUCUGUUCAAUUUCAGCCGGAGGCUCUAUAGCUGCUGCAGACCGUGUCGCUUCAGGGGCAGCAGACAUCGCUAUUAAUUGGGCUGGCGGUCUUCACCACGCCAAAAAGCGCGAAGCCUCAGGGUUUUGCUAUAUCAACGACAUUGUUUUGGGUAUACUGGAACUUCUACGAACAUAUCCGCGAGUUCUAUACAUUGACAUCGACUGCCAUCACGGAGAUGGCGUUGAGGAGGCCUUCUAUACCACCGACCGCGUCAUGACCGUCAGUUUCCACAAAUAUGGAGAAUAUUUCCCCGGUACUGGGACACAGGAAGACAGAGGAAGAGAUAGGGGAAAGGGAUACGCUAUUAACGUUCCUCUGAAGGAUGGAGUGGCAGACGAAUCGUUUCAGAGCAUAUUUGAACCGAUCAUGGCGAAAAUCAUCGAUGUGUAUCGCCCUUCUGCUAUCGUUCUCCAAUGCGGUGCCGACUCGCUCUCUGGAGAUAAGCUUGGCUGCUUCAACGUAACGAUGGAAGGACACGCACAUUGCGUGCAAUUUAUUAGGCGAUACAACAUACCCCUCAUUUUGCUGGGUGGUGGAGGUUAUACUAUCAAGAAUGUUGGCCGUGUGUGGACGUACGAGACUGCUUGUGCUCUGGGGAUAGAAAAGGAGAUUGAUCUCAAUUUACCGUGGAACGAGUACUUUGAAUGGUUUGGCCCGCGAUAUAGGCUUGAAGUCGUUGCGAGUAAUAUGGAUGAUAUGAAUGUGAAGGAUGGCUCGCUGGACAAGGUUCGCGCUAUCGCCUUAGAGCAGCUUAGAGAGCUAGAGGGCGCUCCAUCCGUUGGAAUACACGAUACCCCUAGAGAAAGCCUUGCAACACAUCUAGGAUUUGGAAAGGACGAUAGUGAAAGGAGAGAUGAACUAGAUGAACGCUUAGCUCAACACGCUCGUUAUGUAUACCACUUACAAGAGUCUGACACGGCGUCCUCGUCUUCAUCUUCCGAAGAAGAGGAAGAAUCCGUUUACGAUUCUGAUGAAUCCAAUACCUCGCGGGGAAGUCGAUCUGGCCUUCGCUCUCAAAGUCAUCCCAGAGUUCGACGUUUCCCUCCACAUCGGAACAACCUCAGAAAGCGAAUGUCACUGUUGACAGGCCGAUACUAUGAUGUACCUGUUCAAGAAGAGGGGUACGAACACUACGAGACUAUCGGUGCGCCCGGAAAGUCAGCCAAAAGGAGAUUUUUCCAGAGCCACGCGACUUGGGACGAAAAUUAUCGAAAAGUCCAUGUCGGAAGACGACUGGAGAACGGGAUCGAUGAUCACAGUCGUCUUAUUCCCGCCGAAUUGAUGGAGAGAGGAGGAAGAGGGCUCGGAGACGACGAUGUUCAGCCCGUUGACGAGGAUUGGGACGAGAUGGCCAUAGAGUCAUGACAUUUUGUCAAUCCUACCGAGUCGACUGUGUAUUUCUUAGACAGCAGUUUUCCCGUCAUUGGUUACUUUGCAAUUCGCUAUAUGGCUCUUUGCACCGCGC